ACCUAUUAAAUAUUUUUUUACUUCUGUGAUGCAUAAUGUACACUAUGCACCUACUUAAGCAUAAAGUAAUAUUUAUUUAUUGAAGGCUUUGUUAACCAUUAAACCAUAACACAAAAAGUAAAAGACCAUUACUUCAUAUUUUGUUGUUCAUUCUUUACAGCAUUUUCAAAGAGGAAUAAUUAAAAUACACUAUCAGUUUAAAUUUGUGAGCGUUAUAAUAUAUUAAAGUAUUACAUAAAUUAUGAAAAUCGUUUCCCCGGCAAACAAAAGGCUGUCGUUGAGGGUUUUAGUCGCGCCCUCAUGUGGUAGCCUACAUGUAGAACAUGACUUUUCACUGCGUCACAAAGGGCGCCACGGCAACUUCCGGUAUUUCCAAAGCUUUUUUUCCCCGUACCGUCGAGUUGGUAUAUUUUUUUUCGAAAGCUGUUUUGCUGUGAAUAUUCAGUAUGGAUGAAACCGAUUUAAAUUUACUAAGGGAUUCAUUGGCGAGUUUAAAGUUCCUUGCGUAGUAAGUCUACGAGUCUGUUUCGUGCCAUUUAAACUAAACUGUUGCCUCAUUUAUUGGAUCUUGUAUGUGGUCUGACGAACUUGCUACGAGACUAGAACUACAUUUGUCUGCUUCACUGCUCUCUUAAGUAUUACAUAAUGAACAUUUUGCCCAAAAAGAGCUGGCAUGUGCGCAAUAAGGACAACAUUGCGCGCGUGCGCCGCGACGAGGCUCAAGCAGCAGAGGAACAACGCGAGAUUCAGCGGCGAGUGGAACGCGCAGAGCAAGAGGCUCGAACCGAAUAUUUGAGAAAGAAAUCUCAAGCAGCCCUUCAGCAGACAGGGAAAGGAACAGAGGAUGGAGAGACGGCAGAGGCAAGCCGAGGAGCCCGAGAGAUAGAACAUCUAAAUCUGUUUCCUCUAGAGGACUCCUCUGAAAAGAAAGGAAAUGCAGAAUACCUCAAAGAGAAGAAGGAAGAGAAGGAGAAGCAGGAACGUGCUAUUGGUCUUUUAGUGUCUCUAGGUCCAGCUCCUGGAACAGAAGCAACUCCCUGGUAUAUGAAAUGUGGAAAAGAACAGGAAGAAGAUAAAGAAAAGAAAGAGAAAGGCAACAACAAGCCAAGAACCAUAACUGAAGAGGAGAAAGAAAAGAAAGACAGGAAGCUAAAAGACAGUUUGGAUCCUCUUAAAGAAAUGAAGAAAUCACUGGCAGUGAAGCACGGGAAGGAGAGAAAGCAUAAGAACAAGGAGAAGAAAUACAGAGGAGAGAAGAGGAGUGGAGAGAGUUCAGUUGAGAGAUUACGGGCUGAACGACUGCAGAGAGAAGCGGAGGAGAAGAAAAGGACACAGGCUUUACUGGAUCAGAGGAGCGGAGGCGGGAAAGAAAAAGAGCAAGAGCGAGAGAUGGGGGAUAGAGACAGACCAUACAACAGUGCUUACUUUCCUGAAUUGGCACGGAAAAGGCAAAGGAGAGAUCGAGAUCAGUAUGGCUUUUAUUAGCUUAUAAAGUGAUUGAUUCAAUAAGUCUAGAAACUGCAGAACUGUUUUGUGGUCGGACAAGAAAUUAGCCACAUGCAAAGUGUGAAGAGCAUUUAAAAUGACUGAUUACUACUGUACCUAAAAGCCAUCGAUCUGGCCUCUGCAACACUUUUAUUGGCGUCAGAUGUCUUGGAAAAAAAGGGUCAAAUAAGAAAUCCUCCUUUUUGUUUGUGCUCACAGCACAAGAGUGAUUAUGAAAAUGUAAUCUUAUGAUUUGUAGGAUAUGAAGGUUUUCCUGAACAAUUCUAAGGCAUCAGCAUUAAAAUGUCAUUAAGCCA